AUGCAGGCAUACAUUUUUAUUGUUAACUGCACCUCAGAAGUAAGUUGGUUAACUUGUCAUUCGACCAGCCCAUCCAACCUCACUUUGCCUUCUCUCGCUGCCACCUCAACUGAUACGGCCUCGCCAACAUACGUCUCAUCCAGUGUGGCUCUUUCUCACUCCUCCCAACCUGCUAUUCUUUCCAGGACAUCUUCUACAGGCCCCUUCAUCGCCGACCUCUCUGUUGGUUUGCCAAGUUUUUCUGCUAAUGUCGGGAAAUCGCUUCUAAGUGAUAACGUCAUUGAGACGGACAUGCCACCAAGUUGUGUUGGCUCUCGUGUCGGUCAGCUCAGUCCCUCAAUCUUACUAGCCUCUACUUCCGCUUGUGCGAAUCUUUCUUCCGUAAUCUCUUUGGCCAGUUCAUCUUCAACAUCUUCCUCUUCCUCUUCAUCCAGUAUCACCCUUCACGCAUCGUCAAAUCCUGGGUCGGCCAGUUCUGUUCUGGCUGCUUCCCCCUCGCCCUCAGCGAUCGCUAAUUUACCUUGCAGCCACUUUGAUCUUGUUGCUACUGCAGGCCUUGCUGUUGGCCUCCCGACUACUCCAUCUAUUUCAGCCUCAAAUCCUCAUUUCAACGUUAACGCUACCCAAUCUGCGAUUACGACUUGCCGCCUUCUCUCCCCUCAACAUCUUAACCAACCUCUUACACAUCGCAUGAGCCAACAUCAUCAAAAUCAACAACACUCUCAUCUGCAAUUCGACCUGAUGGUAAUGCACCCACAAGUUCAGUCUUCUACACCUGUUAGCAUGCAGAUGCAAGCUCCUUCCAUAUAUGAUGCUGCAUCAUCCUCUUCAUCCAUUCUGCAUACAGUACCUUCCUCGAUUUCACCAUCACCAACCUUGAUACAGUCACCUUCCAUUCCCAUCUCUACAUUGCUGCAACAUCACAAUACUAGCCUUCACCAGCCUUAUCAUAACCGCCUUAAUCACCCAAAUCACACCCAUCAGCAUCAACAACUAACGAAUCCUCACCAAGUCGAUAGUGGCUCUUCUAACGAGCAAAUCGUGAGAAGCCAAGAUUCCACUGCCUGCACUUCUGUCCCUGAGGCCUCAACCUUUCAUGAUAAUAGCAGGCAUCUUAAUCCACAGGCACACUCACAUGAAAAUCAAAUAAUUAGUGGGCUGUCUGAAGCGCAGGCGCGGCUUGUAGCUGGACAGCUCGGUGAAGAUACUCAGACCGGAUCAUCUAGAGUUUUCCAUACGGAUUCGUCAGAUGACGUGGUAUGCACAUGGCCGACUCUAAGCGUACAGGUCACGCCAUCCGUACCGGUGCACAGAGCCAUCAGCUGCCAAAUUGCUUUGAGUUCUGAGUCUCCCAGUCUAUUGGAUCACGAGAUCUCAAGAAUCAUCAGAGAACUGCAUUUUUAG